AUGCUUUCUUCUGUCCUGCCACUUAUUGCGGUUGCUCUUUCCAUUUCGUCUAGCGCUCGAGCCGCACCAAUCCAGGAGGCAAUCUGCAGCGCUACUUCUGCGUGGCCGGGAUGGUGCGGGAUUAAGCAUGCUUUCAUUUUUGGAGAUUCGUAUUCCACAACAGGCUUCAAUGUCAGCCUCACCCAGCCAACUCCAACGAAUCCGUUCGGAAAUCCAACAUAUCCAGGAUACACGGCCGCCAAUGGCCCGAAUUGGGUUGACUAUUUGACGGUCAAAUACAACGCUUCUACUCUUCUUACCUACAAUCUCGCAUAUGGAGGAGCUACCAUCGACUCAGCGCUUGUGGCACCAUAUCUGCCAACUGUAUCUUCGGUGGCUCAGCAAAUCGAGAAUGAAUGGUUUCCAGCCUACGCUGCCCAGGAUCCAGUGGCAACCUGGAGCUCAAGUGACACACUUUUUGCUAUCUUCGAUGGAAUCAAUGACGUCGGGAAUUCGUGGUGGAAGAACAACACGGCGAUGAACAAUGCAAUCUUCGCUGUCUAUCGAGGCCUUGUCGACGAACUCUACCAAGCUGGAGCUCGCAAUUUCGCUUUCCUGAAUGUCCCACCAGUUGACCGAUCUCCAUUGGGGUUGGCAAAUUCAGGCUUGGAUCAAGCAACGGAGCACAUGGAUAUUGUGGCCUGGAAUAAUGCUCUUAUGAAGAUGGCGCAGAGUAUGAAAACAGCCAACCCAGAUGUCAAUAUUUUCACCCUCGAUACGUUCAAGUUCUUCACCCAAGUGCUGGACAACCCUGCGAGUUAUCCACAGACUGCCUUGUAUAAGAAUGUGACUGGUUAUUGUACGGCAUACGCAAAUGGUACUCCAACUAAAGAUUAUUUUAAUGCUACUUGCACGAUUCCUGUUAAUCAGUACUUCUGGCUCAACAGUCUGCAUCCUACUUAUCCCAUGCAUGACGUCCUUGCAGAACAGGUUGCACUUCAAUUGGCUGCAGGGCCAAAUGUCUGUUAGACGGAGUUCUGGACAGAGAAGGAAAAGCUUGGACUGUAUACAUGAAUCAAUGAACCACGAGCACAAUGCCAGAACGAGGCUAUGUCGAGUUUCAAAGCCAUUCAGGGGUUCGGGGGAAACCUUUAGUGCAGCCAAAACAUCGAUCACGUGACGAGGUCGAUAUUGAC